AUGUCUUCCCGCGCCUCUGCCAAGUCGCCUACCCCGGGAUCCUCGUCCACUUCAGGAGGACGAGCCACCCAAAACCUAGCCCAGGAACUAGGAGACCAGAAGAUGAAGGACGACUCAGACAGCGAGGACGACACCGAAGAACUCAAGCGCCAGCUCAACAAGACCAACAACGACUUCAAGGCAAUGCGCGAAAUGUUCAACCAGAACGCCGCGGCCCUUAGCGAACUCCAGGAACAAGCCCGCAAGAAUCAGGAUCUGGAGAAAGAAGUCGCCACCCUCCGAGCUGCCGCCAACGUCAUAUCCGCCCCAGUCGAAGGACGAGAACGCCUCAAGCUCAACACGCCUUCCACUUUCGACGGGACCCCAGGACAACUCAAAGGACACCUGGUACAAGUUCGAACCUACCAGGCCUUCCACAUAAACACCUUCCAGAACGACACCGAACGCGUUGUACACGCAGCCACCUUCCUUCGGGGACGAGCCCUUGCCUGGUUCGAACCCCUUCAACAGGAAUGGCUUGACAACCCUGUCGAAAAAUACAGCCAAGAAGUCAAGGACAUCUUCUUCAGCUUCACAGGCUAUGUCAAGACCCUAGAAUCUCUCUUCCUUGACCCCGAUGAACGAAGACAGGCCGAGCGAGACCUGUCCCACCUACGACAAACCAAGUCAGCUACGCUCUACGCCGCAGAGUUUAGACGAUUAGCUGCAAGACUCCACAUGACCGACGAAAGCAAAGUUUUUGCCUUUUAUCAAGGACUCAAGGACGAGGUCAAAGACGAAAUGGCCAAACUAGAGACACCUCCUAGCUUCCUCGCCUACGUCGAACAUGCUAUUAAGGUUGACAACCGCCUCUAUGAACGACGGAAGGAACGAGGAGAGAAACGACAAAACCCGAAUUCAGGACGCAAGUACCAAUGGCAGCCUCAACAGAAGUUCAACAGCCAGCGGAACGACAACAGACCCCGCAACAACUGGAAUAACACCCGCCAGAGCACCGCCUAUGGACAACACAGCGGACCUAUGGAUCUCAGCAUGAUGACCAAACCCAACAACAAAAAACCUUGGAACCCCAAGUGCUACAACUGCAACAAGCAAGGCCACAUCGCCAAAGACUGCGAACAGCCUAAGAAGCUUCCCUGGAGACCAGUGGCAGAACGACCUCGACAAGUCAACACAAUUGCAAAAGCCCCACAUGCAUCCCAAUCGUGGACCGGAUGCUACGAUGACAACUGCCGAAUUCACCUCGAAGACAAAGAAAUGUCAGGACACUACCCAAGGGACAGCAACCCUGGACGAUCUGGUUACGAUGUGACCAUCCCAGACACUCGCCCUAGGACCCUGGCAAUGAUGCAUUCCAGCAACAGCAAAGUGGCUAGAAAACCAGUUGAACAACUCAACGAGAUGCUACGAAUUCAGCGAUUGGAACCAAUCAUCCCCCGCAUGACUCGCCAGCAGCUCCAUUACGAAGAACAACAAAUCCAGAAGGAAAUGGAGCUAAUCCAGCAAGAAGACGACAGACAAGUAAGACUAUACCAACAACAAGAAUCAGAAGAAGAACCAGAACACCAACACGAUCCUUUGAUGGAACAACAACUCCUCAGUAUGACCAACAACUGGACUUUCGGAGAAGAAGAAAGCUCUUCCUAUGACUCGGAUAAACCUCGCGACGUUGCCCGACAACGCGCUCAGACAGAGAUGACCUAUGGGUUCACCCCUAGUAUGGACGACUCCAGCUCCGAAGAGGAACCCGACGACCAGGAAGGAAGAAUCAAGCAACUUCUGAGAUACCAAAAAAUCGACAUGCUUCAAGACAAGCAACAACGCCACUUCUAUGGCACCUCAGCAGCCCAACGAGACCGAAGCUACACCCCUCAGCUACACACGGAAGAUCAUCCCGCGCUGAGAAGCAACCACCGGCUUCACCGAACCCUCUUCUGGCCCCAGUGCUUCCACGACAAAUGCAAGGAACACAUGGGAGAAAAGCACGACUACCAGUUCUACCCCAGAAGACAUGACGACGAACCUAUCCACGAGAUCUACUCGACCUCCGUCAUGAUCGGAUGGACUAUGGUACUGGUUGAAGACAACCUCGCAGUCUUCAGACCUAGUCCUCAGUUCCCCAUGAGAUGUCAACAUGACGACAGCAUGAAAUGGGACGAAUGCCAACAAGACGAAUGCCAAGUUCACUACCAAGAAAAGGCACGAACCUGGAGAAUCGCAAAGAAUGGACCUAGACCCCCACAGGUCAGGACCCGCGAAAACAGCCUCGCGAAGGCACGACGAGAAGGAAAGCGAAUCACCUACCCAGGACAACCAGAGCAGUCAAAAAACUAG